AUGAAAAUGAAGUGUCGGAACUAAGAAAGUAGGUAGAGGAUAACUCGGAGAGGAGGGGAGGAAGAAAGUAUGUCCAACGCAAUAGCGAAUGGAGUGGCAGGUGCAGGCGCUGGAAUCGUUGCUCAGAUCAUCACUUAUCCCCUUCAGACGGUGAACACGCGUCAACAAACGGAGAGAAUCGCCAAGUCCAAACCCUCCGCUGCUUGCACUGGCACUGGCACGCUACUUCAGAUCCUCCAUGUCCUACGAACUGAAGGCUGGGGAGGACUCUACUCCGGGCUUAAGCCUUCUUUAUUUGGAACUGCUGCUUCACAGGGCAUUUACUACUACUUUUAUCAGCUAUUCAAAAAUAAGGCUGAGGCUAUUGCAGCGGCCCGUAAGCAAAAGGGACGUGGGGAUGGCACUGUUGGCAUGUUUUCUUGGCUUCUUGUAGCCGCUCUUGCAGGGUCCUUGAAUGUAUUGCUCACAAACCCGAUAUGGGUUCUUGUGACCCGUAUGCAGACUCAUACUCAAGCAGAAAGAAAAAUUGCGGAGUUGAAAAGGGAAGCUCUAUUGAGGGAGGCUUCUGAAAACAGCUUAAUAAGUUCAAGACUGCAAGAUAAAUUGGCUGAGCUUGAUUCAACAAAGCCUCAUCCUUAUGGAACCAUUCAAGCGGCUCAUGAAGUUUAUACAGAAGCAGGAAUACGUGGAUUCUGGAAAGGAAUCAUCCCAACACUCAUUAUGGUGUGUAAUCCCUCAAUCCAGUUCAUGAUAUAUGAGAGCUCAUUAAAGCGUCUGAAGGAAAAACGUGCUGCUAAUAAUAAGCAUGGAUUAAAAAAUGUAACAGCUUUGGAGGUGUUCGCACUAGGAGCCUUGGCAAAACUUGGGGCAACUGUAACAACAUACCCUCUGCUGGUUGUCAAGUCAAGGCUUCAAGCUAAGCAGGAGAUUGGUGGAAAUAUAUCACUAAGAUAUUCAGGUACAGUUGAUGCGAUAAUAAAAAUGAUGAGGUACGAGGGAUUGCGUGGCUUUUACAAGGGGAUGAGCACAAAGAUUGUACAGAGUGUUUUUGCAGCUUCUGUACUUUUCAUGGUCAAGGAGGAACUUGUCAAAGCUUACAUGUUCCUUAUUCAUAAAAUGUUGAAUAAAUUAAUCAUGUAUUGAGGUAUCUUCUUAAUUUGUUCAUAUGAAAAAUGGUUUUGAUGAAGCUUUCUUGUAAUAGGACAUCAGACAGAUCCUAUGAGGCUGAUAUUUGGCAGCAAGCACUUAUACAACAAAGCUUUUAACUUAAUAAAUACACUACUUAUCAA